AUGGCAAGAAACAAGAGAAAGAACAUGAAGGAUAAAAGCAAAUUCAAAGCUCUUAGAAUUGAAGCAAAGAAGCGGUGGCGAAACAAAAAGGCGGAAGAAAAACGCCUCAAGCACGCAGUCGAGCAAGCCGCGUCAGAAAAAAGUCCUGUCGCUGUUGGUGAAGCCGGGGAACCCAAUCCUGCAGCUGCCCUCAUUCAACCCGAUAAGCCAUCGGUAAGCCGUCCUCUAGAGCAACAGGAGCAAGUCCAGGUACGGAUGGAUAAAGCUGCUGGACAUGAAGAAUUCGCCAACGUGAAACAAACGUCAGAAGAAUUAAUCAAACAAAUUAAUCCCACGGAGAUAAUCAAUGCCAACAAGUUCUUGGGCUCUGGUACCUUCGGCACAUGCCAUCUUGCCCACUACAGAGGAAUUUUAGUGGCAGUGAAGGAAUUCAAGUCAAGACGAUCAAGGCCCGACAAAGAUGUGAAACGCGAGGUUCUAAACGAGGCCCGAAUGAUAAGUCACUUGGGUGACCACCGUGGACUCCCCUUUCUUUUUGGAGUUAUCACGAAGUCAACGCCAUUUCGUCUUGUAACUCAGUUCCAUGGGGACAAGAUACAAAGUUUAACGCUUUACAAGGCCAUGAAAAGAGUGGAGCUGGACAAGCCAUGCUGGCUUCGCAUCUUAAGAGGCAUUAUCGAGGCCCUUAGCCAUGUCCACAGCAAGGACAUUUUGCACAACGACUUAAAGUCAAACAAUAUUGUACUCGAAAAACGUGGGAAAGAUUGGAAUCCAGUAAUCAUUGAUUUCGGGAAAGCGCGUUUCAUUUCCAAUCCUAAAGCACUAAUGUCCUUGUCUGCGUCUGCACAAGAGCAGUACCGGCGUUCAUAUCCUCACAUCGCACCGGAAAUCGUCCGCGGAGAAAGCCGACAGAGUGUACAGUCAGAUGUGUUUAGUAUUGGAAGGAUUGCUCUUGCCAUUUUAAAUUUGUUGCCAACUGCAACAGCGCUUUCGCUGAAAGCAGCAAAGCAAGCUAUUUUAGACAAUCCAGCUAAGCGGCCAAGUAUCAUUGGAAAGUGGCAUCUAGGUCUGCACCUAUCAUCAAACUCAGAUUUCCACUUCCACCCUUUGAAGCAAGGUCUCCAUUAUUUUUAUGGUCUGCCUCUUACUAACUUAAGAACUUGCGAGUCUGGUCAGUAUCUUAUAAACCUCCUGUAUCCUAGGUUGAAUCCAAGAAAUGUUCUUGCUACUGCAGCAGUUGUUGUAACAACACUUAAUAUUUUCUACCUGACUGGUCUACUAAAGAAGUCUGGUUUUAUUUUCCUUUCAACAUCAAGUCUGCUCAUUUGCUUUGCAAUAACUGGCUGGUUAACAGUAACUCGAGGAUUGAACUGCUUUGUACUGAAAAACAAUGAAGUUGUGGAGCAACCAACCAUUUUGGAAAACUUAACAAUGAGGUUUACAGAUGAAGCAGUCAACUUUAUCCUCACAAACAAAGAAAGCCCCUUCUCACUGUACAUGUCAUUUGCCAAAGUGCACACUGCUUUGUUCAAUACACUACCAUUCGCAAAUCACAGUGUCCAUGGUCGCUAUGGUGAUAAUGUUGAAGAAAUGGAUUGGAGUGUAGGUCAGAUCAUGGCUGCUGUUAAGGAACUGGGUUUGAAGGAAAAUACGUUUGUUUACUUUACAUCUGACAAUGGCCCUCAUCUGGAAGAAAUCAGUGACACGGGUGAAUAUCACGGCGGCUGGCAUGGUAUCUACAAAGGAGGCAAAGGACAGUGUUGGGAUGGUGGUGUUAGGAUGCCCACUGUAGUAUCAUGGCCAGGUCACAUCCCAACUGGGAUCGUAUUUGACGAGCUCACUAGUACUAUGGACUUACUACCCACAAUUGCCAAGCUGACUGGUGGAGACCUUCCAGAGGACAGAGUCAUUGAUGGAAAAGAUCUCUUACCACUGCUGACCAACAUGAGACAGGAGUCUUCUCAUGAAUUUAUUUUCCAUUAUUGUGGAAAUCAGGUCCAUGCUGUGCGUUAUCAUCCAAAAAACACUGACACUGUCUGGAAGGCGCAUUUUAUGACAUCGAAAUGGAAUGAGGGAACUGAAAGCUGCAGUGGAAAAGGUGUAUGUGGUUGCCAUGGAGACGAAGUUAACAUCCAUGAUCCUCCUCUUCUUUACGACAUGACAGAUGACCCUGCAGAGAGCUCUCCCAUUCAUGUUGACAUGCCAGAGUACAAAGAAGUGUUGAAAGAUAUUACCCCAGCUCUCAAAAAACACAAAGAGAGUAUUGAAAGUGUCCCUACCCAGCUUGGAAGGUUGCAAAAUUUUGUUCAUCCCAUGUUGCAGAUGUGUUGUAAUUUUCCUUACUGCACUUGUACGGAAAGUGGUAGAGAACUUGAGCAUUAUCCUAAAGCUGUCUGAAAAAGUCACUGACCAAUGUGUAAGAAACUUAAGUACUCACACACAAAAGCAAUGACUGGGUUUUGGGGUUUGCAUCGUGGAGGCAAUUUAACUGCAUUCUUAUCGCAUUAAGUCUUUUUUCCCCUACAAAGAUAUAGGAUUAACCUUUCCCAAGUGUUAAAAGCUGUGUAUAAGGCUAGUUGUUGGGACUGCCAGGAUUUCUACAUUGGAAAAACAAAACGUAGAUU